UCCAGGGUGUAAACGCUUUUUAAACUCUUAACUCUUAUUAAAAAGUCAUAAAAAGAAGAACAGCAUCUUUGUGAUCUUUUUGAAGCUCUUGUCUCUAUGUGUGCACCAGUGAAUGGAAUAAGAGACAUCUGUGUCGUCGAAAUGUCCUUUUCUGAUCCCAGUUUACAGCAGAUGUCUUGGUCAAAGAGUUAAAAUUUCUGAUACCUGGAAACUCAAAUCUUACUACGUGUUGCUGUGACUCUUUGGCUGCGUCUGGCGGAGGAGUUUUAAAGAAGAAAAAAAAACACUCUUUUUUUAUUGUGAUGUCUUGCAAAGCUGUUCUAUUGGCUGUUCACACUAAUUUCUCAGGCUUAAAAGUCUACUUCUUCUUCAUCACCUUUUACAAAGACAUUUCCUCUGACAUCCCCAGCUGCCUGGAAACGAGGAGCUAGAAAACUAAUCAUAAAAUUUUAAGUCAUCCAAAGCAUGACUUUUUUUAUUCUUUCUUUCUCAAAAAAGAAUAAUAAAAAAACUUAAAAUGUUAUAAUAAAACUGAGUGAACGUACAAUUAUUUCUUCAGUUAACCGCAUAAAACAAUCCUAGCAUGUAAAACAGAUGAAUUAUUAAAGACUGUACAUGUCUGUGUCCAGGCAAAUAUAUAAUAUAAAUAAAUAAAAAAAAUACAGUUAAACGGUGUUCAGGUGAGACACUUUAGCAGUUUAUGUUUGCCUAAAGAAAUUGCAGUUUUUCUGCAGAAACCACAGAAAAAUGAAUGAGAAAGAUUGUGGCCUCUGAAAAUAAUUGGCAAAAUUUUUGAAAGAAUGUAUUCAAGCAUCCUGUUGUAUUGUUAAAAGUAUGUUUUUAUGAUAAAACCAAUUUAAAGAAGCAUUUACAGGAGAGCGUACAGGACUUAAAGGUCUGCUUCCCUAUCAGUGACAAAACAAGCGACGUAAUUGGUGGAGACAAUGAAAAUAUUCAGAAACAACCCUGCUGGGAUCCUAUAAAACAGUCCGACUCUACCUGUGCUAUCACUUAGGAUUUGUGUGCUAAGUACUCAGGUGAGGAAUUAUGCCGCCUAUUGUGUGCCUGUUACUUUUCUGUCUCGUGGAUGUAAGAGGGGAAAACUCUUCGUGUCAAAUAUACGGGACAAAAGAACUGUCUCAGUUUUCUAAGGAGGGAGAUAUCAUCAUCGGAGGUAUUUUCUCCUUCCACCAGAACCCGGUCACAGUCAGUCCAGCACUCACAAUCAACCCGGGAGCAAUCCAGUGUAAAGGGCUGGAAAUAGGUGAGCUUCAGUAUGCGUACACCAUGAUGUUUGUGAUAGAUGAAAUUAACAACAGCACUGAACUGCUGCCAGAUGUGACACUCGGUUAUAGGAUCUUUGACUCCUGCCCAAGCAUACCUCUGUCUAUCAGGUCAUCGCUGAAUCUAAUGAAUCCACAUGAAGACAGUGAGGGGUUGUGUAGCAACCUCUCAAACGUGUAUGCUGUCAUUGGGGACACAACUUCCACCUCUACGAUAGGCAUAGCACGCACGCUGGGUCCCUUCAGUAUACCUGUGAUCAGUCAUUCAGCCACUUGUGCAUGUCUCAGCGACAGGAGAAUCUACGCGUCCUUCUUUCGAACCAUACCGAGUGAUAUUCAUCAAAGCAAAGCACUAGCAAAGCUUGUGAAACACUUUGGCUGGACUUGGGUGGGAGCAAUCCGAACUAACAAUGACUAUGGAAAUGGUGGCAUGGCCAGCUUCUUGGAAGCAGCAACAAAGGAAGGCGUGUGCGUCGAGUAUUCAGUCGCCAUCUACCGAACCGACCCCAGGAAGUCAUUCCUACAAGUCGUGGAUAUUAUCAGAAAAUCCACCUCUAAGGUCAUAGUUGCUUUUGCAGAUGCGACAGAUCUUGAUGUACUCAUGAAAGAGCUCCAUGCCCAGAAUGUGACAGGCCUGCAGUGGGUGGGAAGCGAAGGCUGGAUCACGUAUCGUUACUUUGCCUCUCAGGUGAACUACGCCGUGGUUCAGGGGGCCGUGGGCUUCGCAGCACUGAAUGCUCACAUCCCUGGGCUGCAGGAGUUCCUCACCAACAGCAGACCGUCCACCGCACCAGGAAAUCAGGGACUCGUUGAGUUGUGGGAAACACUCUUUGACUGCACCCUGUCACCAAAAACAGGGAUUUACCCACAGGAUCGUGUUACAGUCUGCAGCGGCACAGAGACUCUGCGGGAUGUAAAGACGCGAUUUACUGAUGUUUCAGAUGCCACCCUGUUGAAUAAUGUCUACAAAGCCAUAUACGCUGUUGCUCAUGCUUUGAGCAUGCUGUUUAAUUGCAAAGAUGGAGAGGGGCCUUUUGAGAACAAUACUUGUGCUGACAGGCAAAAUUUUCAACCAUGGCAGGUGUUGCACUACCUUACGCAGGUAAAUUUCACCAGUAAAACUGGUGAAAAUGUUUUCUUCGAUGAGUUUGGUGACCCUGUCGCACGUUACGCACUGGUAAACUGGCAACUGGAUAAGACAGGGUACAUACAGUUUGAAACUAUUGGUUAUUAUGAUGCCUCCAGACCUGAAGGUCAGCAGUUUGAGAUGGAAGUUGGAGUGAGAGCCAUCUGGGCAGGAGAAAGUCAUGAUGUGAGUCAAUUUAGACUCUCUGUUCACUGUGAGUCUUUUUACACCGUUUCAGCUUUAAAUAAUGUCUCUGUGUAUCAGGUACCGACAUCCAUCUGCAGUGACAGCUGUUUGCCUGGCACUAGUCGGGCUUUCAUUAAAGGCAAACCCGUCUGCUGCUUUGACUGCAUCGUCUGUGCUGAGGGGGAGUUCAGCAACAGCACAAGUGAGGCGGUGGGAUUUGUAGCCUUUUCCCUGGUGCUCUUUGUGUUUCUGCUGGGUAAAAUCACUGCCAGCACUUUACUGGUAUACUUGAAGAUGUGUUCUCUGCACAGCUUAAACAUAUUUAUCCUUUCAGAUGCAGUGAAAUGUGAAAAAUGCCCUCCUGAGUACAAGUCCAGUGAAGAGAGAAACCAAUGUAACUUAAAAUCGGUUGAGUUCCUCACCUUCACAGAACUAAUGGGUAUAACGUUGGUCACCUUGUCUUUCGUUGGUGCAAUCUCAACAGUGGCUGUAAGCCUGAUAUUUUUCUGCCAAAGACACACGCCCAUUGUCCGAGCCAACAACUCUGAGUUGAGUUUCCUGCUGCUGUUCUCCUUGGGGUUGUGCUUUCUGUGUUCUCUGACCUUCAUCGGCCGACCCUCUGAUUGGUCCUGCAUGCUGCGCCACACAGCUUUCGGCAUUACCUUUGUCCUCUGUGUGUCCUGUAUUCUGGGGAAAACAACGGUGGUUUUGUUGGCCUUUCGGGCUACCAUUCCUGGCAGCAAUGUGAUGAAAUGGUUUGGCCCUCCACAGCAGAGAGUCAGUGUCUUAGCUCUCACACUUGUACAGGUUUUGAUUUGUAUAAUAUGGCUAACAGUCAGCCCUCCCCAUCCAUUCAAAAACACUCAAUAUUACAGCGAGAAGAUCAUUCUAGAGUGUGCACUUGGAUCACCGUUGGGCUUCUGGGCCGUAUUGGGAUAUAUUGGGGUUUUAGCUAUGUUGUGCUUUGGAUUGGCCUUCUUAGCCAGAAAGCUUCCUGACAAUUUCAAUGAAGCUAGGUUCAUCACUUUCAGCAUGCUGAUAUUCUGUGCCGUGUGGAUAACUUUCAUUCCAGCUUAUGUGAGCUCUCCUGGGAAAUUCAGUGUGGCUGUGGAGAUAUUCGCCAUUCUGGCUUCAAGUUACGGGAUGCUGCUCUGUAUUUUUUUGCCUAAGUGUUACAUCAUUUUAUUUAAACCCCAAAACAAUACAAAGAAACAUUUGAUGAAUAAAAGCACACUUUAAGAUGUGUGUCUCAACUAAAAAAAACGUAAAAAUAAUCAUACCGUUGUGGCCUUUCUCAUGGAGAAAAUAUUAAUGUUAAAAUUGUUUUAAACUAAUGGCGUGUCCUCGUACAUUAAGAAUCGGCAGUAUUUAUUACGCCUGUGAAUUUGAAACUCCAACCAGAAAAAUAAAGCAUUAUAAGGUCAAUCCGAGUUUAACAAUUGUAUGGGUGAACAAUUUUAUUGGCACUUGUGUCUGUUUGUAUCUCAUUAAACAAGAGUAAGAAGUUGAGAAAUACAUUGUAUAAAUUGUAGUAGUUAACUCUACAAAGCUCACUGGAUUUCUCUCUCUGAUGAAAAUGUUCCUGUGGUAUAGCUAAGAAAAGAUUUAACACAGCAUGUCGAUAUGCAAGGAACUCGAAAU